CCUUGCCACCUGGAGAGAGGAAUAUCAAGUCUAAGCCAAAAACUGAGAAAUCCAUAUAAAUAAGGCUUUCUAAUUUUUUUUUUUUAAUCCCCCACCAACUUGAAGUCCCAAAUAAGUACUUUCUGCUAAGCUCAUAGUAGUACUUAGAAGCAUAGGAUCAUCUCCUAAGAUUCAUUGCAUAUCAGCAAGGACUGAAAUACCUUGCCUGGAAAAAAAAAAAAAAAAUCUAGCUUUUAAAGCAGCACUAUUCUGUAGGUUGUGCUGAUUAUUGCUUUGUGCUGCAUGACUGUGAUUUUUGGCACGCAGUGUCACAUACCAAAUUCCCAAAAUAAAAUGCUACAUGAUAUUCUAAGAGCUCUUAGGAAGCUUUAAAAAGGGAUUUGUCCGCUGAGCGGGUAUCUCUUCUGGUGAAGCGAAAUGAUGCAGCAGGAAUGGUUUAAGAGGAGGAAACUUUAGUCAGCAGAUAAUUAGUCUUUUUAAAUAAGCGCAAGGAGAAAAAAGAAAACCUUCCAUCGGUCUCGUGUUUGCAAAAGUUGUCAGCAACCCUGCUUUGAUUGUAAAGGGUUUACGGCUAUAUGUUUGGAUAGCUAAAACAUCUGUUCGGCAACGCUGUGAAAUCCUCGUGCUCGGAACCCCUGAUAAGGGGGACUGCUGAGCUCUUGGCUCGGAGAGGCUCUACCGGCAGCGAGGGCUGCGCAGACAGCGGUCACCGCUCGCCUUUCCUCCUCCUGGUCGGAGGAAAACGUGGGAGACGGCUCCUGUUUUACGCACGGUUUUCCUUUGAGAGGGAGAGAGCAGGAAGCGCCUAGGCAAUGGUUCGCGACAGAAACCUGGGGUUGUAGAGAGGAGGAGGAGGAGGAGGAGAGCCCAUGGGUGCAGUUCGUGAAGAGUUGAAAUACUGACACCACCGCAGCAGAGGAAAACCGGACUUGUGCCAGAGCGAGCCCGUCCAAGCCAUCCCGAUGGAAGGAGAGACGGUACCCGAGGCCGGGAGGGCGGCCAGCAAAGCCACGCGGAUCGCCCUCGGCGUCUUCGUGAGCGGCACCGUUGUGCUCGGCACCGCGCUUUUCUUGGUUAGCCAAGGUCUUAUAAAGUUUCAUCCGAAGCAACGGUACUGUUUGACCUCAGAAUGUAUUGAAGCUGCUGCUGGCAUCCUAAGCAAGAUAAAUCAAUCCAUAGAUCCGUGUGAGAACUUUUAUCGAUUUGCAUGUGAUGGCUGGAUAUAUAAUCACCCUAUUCCUGAAGACAUGUCAAACUAUGGUGUUUAUCCUUGGCUGCGACACAAUGUGGACCUCAAACUAAAGGCAUUGCUUGAGAAACCCAUCAGCAAAAGACGAGACAGUGAAGCUGUACAGAAAGCCAAGACCCUUUAUGCAUCCUGCAUGAAUGAGAAUAAAAUUGAAAAAGCCGACGUGAAACCCCUGUUAAGUAUACUGAGGCAUUCACCUUUCCGCUGGCCUGUGCUGGAAUCCAACAUUGGACCUGAAGGGCUGUGGUCAGAAAGGAGGUUUAGCUUAGUCCAAACCUUGGCAACUCUUCGUGGUCAAUACAGUAACUCUGUCUUCAUCCGUUUAUAUGUGGCUGCUGAUGACAAAAUCUCCAAUCGGUAUAUCCUGAAGCUCGACCAAGCAAGCCUCUCUCUUGCAUCUCGAGAGGAUUACCUAGAAAACACCACAGAAGCCAAUUCUUACCGAGAUGCCUUUUUGCAGUUCAUGGUUGAUACAGCAGUGCUGCUGGGCGCAAACGCUUCACGAGCUGAAUCUGAUAUGAAGUCGGUUCUAAGACUGGAAGUUAAAAUAGCGGAGAUCAUGAUUCCAUAUGAAAAUCGCACAAGUGAGGUGAUGUACAAUAAAAUGAACAUAUCGGAGCUUAGUGCCAUGAUUCCACAGUUUGACUGGCUGGGAUACAUCAAGAAGGUGAUUGACACCAGACUCUAUCCUGAGCUCAAAGAUAUAGGUCCUUCAGAAAAUGUGAUUGUCCGCGUUCCCCAAUACUUCAAAGAUUUAUUCAGGAUACUAGAAAAUGAAAGGAAAAAGACUCUUGCCAACUAUCUGGUGUGGAGGAUGGUUUAUUCAAGGUUAUUUAACCUCAGUAGACGUUUUCAGUAUCGGUGGCUGGAAUUUUCUCGGGUGAUCCAUGGAACCACAACUUUGCUGCCUCAGUGGGAUAAAUGUGUGGACCUCGUUGAAAGCGCGCUCCCUUAUGUUGUGGGUAAAAUGUUUGUGAAUGCCCAUUUUCAAGAAGACAAGAAAGAGAUGAUGGAGGAGUUGACUGAAGGAAUUCGCUGGGCUUUUAUUGACAUGUUGGAAAAGGAAAAUGACUGGAUGGACUCCGAAACAAAAAGAAAAGCUUAUGAGAAGGCAAAAGCAGUUAUGGCAAAAGUGGGUUACCCUCAGUUUAUAAUGAAUGACACAUAUAUUAAUGAAGACAUCAAAACACUGAAGUUUACAGAAAGCGACUAUUUUGGCAAUGUGUUGCAAACUCGCAAAUACGCAGCCCAAUCUGAUUUCUACUGGCUUAGAAAAGACGUUCCAAAAACAGAGUGGUUUACAAGCCCAACUACUGUAAAUGCUUUUUAUAGUGCAUCUACCAACCAGAUCAGAUUCCCAGCAGGAGAACUGCAAAAGCCUUUCUUUUGGGGAACAGAGUAUCCUAGGUCAUUAAGCUACGGUGCCAUAGGAGUAAUUGUUGGCCAUGAGUUUACUCAUGGAUUUGAUAGCAAUGGUCGGAAAUAUGACAAAAAUGGAAAUUUAGACCCUUGGUGGACAACUGACUCUGAAGAAAAAUUUAAAGAGAAAACAAAAUGCAUGAUUAAUCAAUACAGCAAUUACUACUGGAAGAGAGCUGGCUUACAUGUGAAAGGCAAGAGGACUUUGGCAGAAAACAUUGCAGAUAAUGGAGGUUUGCGAGAGGCUUUCAGGGCAUACAGGAGAUGGAUUACAGAAAAGAGGGGAGGAGAAGAAGAGCCUUUACUGCCAGGCCUUGAGUUCACACACAACCAGCUUUUCUUUCUGAGUUAUGCCCACGUAAGAUGCAACUCCUUUAGACCAGAAUCUGCGAGAGAGCAAAUAUAUAUUGGAGCUCACAGCCCUCCUCAGUUCAGAGUUAUCGGUGCCAUGAGCAACUUUGAAGAGUUCCGUAAAGCUUUCAAUUGCCCAACGAACACGACGAUGAACCGAGGGGCAGAAUCCUGCCGGCUGUGGUAGACGUUCCGUCAAGAGGGGUCUGCAAUAUGAACUGCUGCACCCGAGCGCACGCCCACUGCUAGAGUUUCGGAGUAACGUUCUGCAACCUGGAGGGGUGUUACUUCAAAUGCAUCUUCCUUGCCCAUGCUGAUGACCUGCAUGGAUCUAAUCGCUCUCUAUUCAGAGCCUAGAAACAUUCGAAAUAGAAGAGAAUAGGUUUUCUUUAACAAUAAUAACAAAAAAGCUCAUCUGCAGUUGUACUGCUGUUGAUGGAUACGUGCCAUUAUCAAUUCUAAUUCCUGAUUUAUAGUUGAGCAAGAGGUAAAUGCUAAAAUCCAGUUUUAAUCUAUUGCUCUGCAGGGGUGCUAUGCAGAAUGCUCCCCCACAAAAUUUAUUCUUUUUGGAUGAAGAAAUUCAUGACACCUGCUAUAAAGCCAGCUCUGAUCUGCUGGGUGAUACAGCUUUUUCAUAGCUUAAACUGUCACUGCCCAGCAUGCCAUAAAUGAUGUUGCAUGAUGUAAAGACACAAGACUUUAUAUAAAUUCGGUUUAAUAUGUCAGAUUAGUGCCUCAGGUUUUGGAACAGUUUCAAGCUGAGAAAGCACCUCAUGGUUUCCAUCUGCUAGGACUAAACAGAAAGGAUACUUGUCAGAUCAUGGCCUCUUCUAAUUUUAGAACAGCUUAUGAUAAAAAUCUAUGUAUGGUGAAAAUCAGAGGCUUGCAGAAGGCAUUCCCAGCAGCCACAGUAUUAUGACAAUUAUUCCUGUUUACAGUGUGGGCAGUUUUUUUCCCAAGGGGUGAUUUUUACCUUGUGCUGAAGGUAGCUUCACCUACCUUUAUUUUUAAGCCUGAAAUACUAUACCAGUUUUAAUUUAGGGAUUUCUUAGUGCCUGGGUCUUACAGGAGAAUGUAAGUAGUGUGCAUGUUUGUCCUCACGUUCUGGACAGGGCAAGGUGACUUGUGAUUUUAAGGAAAGAAGAAUAUGUGACUGAAAAACAGAGUAUCAGCAGCAUUUGACUUGUCUGGAUAAAAAGAGCAAUUCAAGAGUAGAGGACUUUUAAAUACAGUAUGCAUGCAGGCCAGGUGAGUUUUUCAUUUGGUUUCUAACAAUAUUCAUAAAAAGCCAUAUUUUAUUGCAGCAGAAAAACUUUGACACAGAACUAUUACUAAGGCAGGGGGCGGGGGGGAACCAGCCCGUUCUUCCCCAAGAGAAAGAUAGAUAUUUAACUGGUAUUUAUUUAUACCUGAUACAUUAAUUCAUUCUUACAUGGUGGAAUUGUUUCAAAUGGAGAGAGAGUUUCUUUAGACUGAUUUAAUUAGUGCAAAUCUAUAUAUGUCUCUGUGUGUAUAUACUUUUAUAUAUAUAUAUACAAAAAAUAUAUAAGUUCUUCUAUUUGCUUAAAUUUUAUUUUAUCAGUAUAGAAAUGUUAGUAAGAUAAACUUUUGUUACAAGGAUUGGUCAAAUACUGUCCAACAGUCAAAGUGGAGGAAGGCUCAACUGAAGCUAAGAUUUUGCAAAUGGGGGUAGUUUCCUAUGCUUCUUUAGAAAGAAGGGGGACAUCAUGGAAACAUAAUUUAUGGAGGGAAACAGACCCUCAAACUACCUUCCAGAGAGAAGGAAGCAGACACUCCUGAACUCAAGGCACUGUUGCCACUUCUUAGAAACAAAAUAUUAUGUUGUGGGACCAGGACUUUCUUUUUUCAAUUUUUCCCUGAAAAAGUCAAAGUUUUCUUAAGAGGAAAAGCACUUUUGCUUCCUUCAGGCCAGCUCUAUUCUUGAGUUCCAUGGAUUACAGUUUGUGAUUUGAAUUGCCACUACUAAAUUUUUUUGCUGGAGAUACUUUUCACAUAAACUGUGAUGGCAGUAUUUUCACAGAGACUUUCCUCAAACAAGCAUGUAUGGGUCUUGAGCAAAGUGAUAUCGUUUGCCUGCUAAUGGGAAAGUUCCUUAGCAAACUGAACACAGUAUUGAAUUCAUUCCUGUGCUCAUAUGACACGACUUGAUGUUGGCUGCUUUGGAUCAACAGCAUGAAGUUCAGGGGCGACAUCCUGGCCCCAUUAAAGGUAGUACCAAUAUGGUCGUUGUCCUCAGAAAAGUCAGGACAUCAACUCAAACACUUAUCUAAGCUUUCUAAAUUACUGGACUAUGCAAAGCUGGUUUCACAACAGUCAUCUUUAAGUUUUCUAAGUUUAUCUCUCAGAUCAGAGAUGCAUUUGCAAGAGCUCCUCUCUCAUGGCUAUUUUCCAGGGGGACAGAUUCUGUCAUUUUUUGGUUUAUGGGGUUGUUUCUCUGUACUGGAUAGCAAUUUCUUCUAAAAUGCUUGAUGUUCGCUGCCUUAAAUGUCACUCUUGUUGCUCCUUUCGUGUUUAAUACCAAGGAUUUUUGAACUGUGGUAUGCAUAUUCCCAACAGCACAGGAACCACUGCAAAACUGUUUCAUCCUUGCUAGGGCAGGUCCUGGGCUGGGGGGAUAGCGGGCAGCUGCGGGGUUUGGGGGCAAUGCACUGGGAGGGAGGAAGAGAGGGCAUCACCAGGUUUUUUACCCUGAUUUUACCAGUUGAGAGGGGGCCUACGUGCUGCCAGAAAAAACAGAAGUCCUUGCUGCUGACUGGCACGUUCGUUGGUAGCAUCCCCGUUCGGCGAAGCCUUGCUGCCGAUUCAGGGUUUCAGUGCCUGGGGCUUAUGUCUUGUACAUGCCCAUGGGAGGAUCCUGGCCUGCCUCACCUGCCUGCUUUUCACCUCAAACCAAACAGCUGAUGACGCCAUUUACAGUUCACUUUGGAGCCAGGUAUUUAGGUACCAGUUGGAAAGCAAAGUAGAAGGUAAUCAAACGCGUUCUUGACACUCGGUCACCAAAGAUAGCCAAAACAUAGUGAUGGUUUGUGAGGGCUCUUCCCGUUGCCUCUUUUGUCAGAGUCCCUGGCCCUGCUUUGUUUUCACAUUGUGCCUCCUGGGUCUAUGCUGGCAAUGCCUGGCUGUGUUGCUAUCAGGCUCACUUAUUACAUCUAUGCAAACAGAUCCUUCAUUAUAUAUAUUCUUCUCCCAGAGCUUUUAAAUUGUUGGUUUUUUCAACUGCCAGUAAUAUUGUGAAAUGUUUCUUCCUGUUGGUUUGGUAAUCUUCUCUUCUAGUGAUCGGGAGCAGAAGGAUCGACUAUGAAUGAAACAUUUUUACCUGUCUAAAUUUGAAGAGAUAUUUUUCUACUGUGUAGACAUAAAGAAACAACCUCUAUUCCUGUCCCAUGUCCCCUUCUUUGGGUCCUGAAAACAUGUAAACAUUCUAUUCUAUUCUAUUCUAUUCUAUUCCUUCUUUUUCUAGCCCAACCCUGAAAACCCUUAAAACACCACCUUAUACACUGUGAGUAGUAGUUCUGCUGACUGCAUUGUGAAAGAGUUAGCUUUACAUAUGAGUAGCUCUCUGAAAAGGUGGCUGUGCUAUUUACCUGUGUAAACUGCUUAGGUACGUAAAUGACGUCCAAGCUGGGUCUGGAUGCCAAAGGACCAAAAAACCCAGUGCCAUUAUGCCCUGUGCAGGGGGACUGCAGCAUUCUUUAGGUAGGAACGUUAUUAUGAUGCUAAAUGUUUGAAUUAUUUAUAAAAUAAUCAGGUGGUUUUAAGUAUAACUUUUCAUUGAGUGUUAUUCAACAAAUUACAGGCUUAGAAGUAUAUCUCACAGCAAUGUUAUAUAUAUAUACAUAUAUAUCUGUCUCCAAAAAAAUAUUAAAAACCUGACAACUCAAGAGGCCAAACUAUAGUGAGUUAAAAGGUCUUUUGUGUCUAUGUCUUUUUAAUCCAGAUUUUUAUUUCGCUAGUCAGUCUAUUGUACUUUUUAAUUUUUCUUCUUGCAUAAUAGGUUGAUUCACUGUUUUAAAGACAAUUGUGUUUGGCUUUUAUUGGCUAAGUGAUGAAGAAUUUUCCUAUGCUUGCAGUAUGGCAAAAGCUGCUUGGCCAGUCACUGUCCAACUCUACAAUGUUACUUCUGUAAUAUAUAGUCUUUAUAAAAUAUAAUAAAGAGCGUAAUGACAUGGCCCCAGGUUCUCAAGGCUACCGUUACUGCUUGGCAGGCUAAGAAGGACCUCCUCUGUCAGAGGGUUGUCUAGCCACCUUCAGCCAGCGUUUAUCAAGCUCCACUUGCCCCCACUAAUCUGCUGGAGGCAAUUCAAAUGAACAUAGGAUGAGCUCAAUGCUGCAGAAAUUGCAGCAGGGCAGGCGGCAGAGCCGUCCCAACCAGAAGCCGCCGGAGCAUAGGAAGGGGUGGGAGAAGAUCCACCAGCCUCACUCUUCUCCUGUUGCCCCGGUCCGUUCCUGCCUCGGCCCAUCCUUUGUAGCCUCACCCGCUUUUCAAUUGCUGUUUAAGCGUUUUCCAGAAGCGUUUUUACCAGGAUAACCCUAGCGCCGUGCCCGAGCGCGAACGGCAGCCCAGCGGCGUCUCUUCCCCGCCCGCACGCAGGACUGGUUUCGCUGCCUUCCCAGGCUCUGGCGCGACGGCAGAGAGCUUACCUUGCCGCUCUUCCUCACCGGGCGCUUGUUCGAGGGCUGCUCGGGCACGGGGACCUUAGUGCCAAGACCUUACGCAUCACCAACUUGGCUCUUCUGGGCUAAGCGCCCAAUUUCUUGGGCUCUGGCCAGUCUCCUGGCACUGCUUGGGUGCCCGUAAGGAGCGGUGCUGGCCCACCUCAAGGCAGCACGAAGCCCGUGAGCAACGAGGAGCAGUCGUACCCGGUGGGGACGACGGCCGAAGACGGCCUUG